UUACUUUAUUUGAAGAGUUUAUUUAAUAUAUUUUUUUUAAAUAGUUAGUUACAUUUUUAAAUGAAAAUUAAUGACGGGCUGCGAAUUAAGUAUUUCUAACCUCAUUUUUGAAAACAGGGGGAUGGAAGCGUGUAAGAGAUAAGGUUAGACGUAUGUACAUUACCGGAUGACAACAAUGUUUACACGAAAGUAAAAGUAGUGUAUUAUUGUAUUAAACAAAUUUUUAAGUAAAUCGCAUUGUUGUCGAAAGAAUCCAUAAAGGGUAUAUUUACUGGCUAAUUUGCAAAUAUGCGUAUGUGAAGCGUUCGUCAGAUAUUGAACUUGGUUUUGAUCAUAACCUAACACUUGAAGGAAUAAACGUGUUUUAUUGGAAUUAAAGGAAUAAUUGACGUUUGUACGCGUGAAAAUAAAGCAUUUAUUGAAAGGAAUCGCAAAAUGCCGACUUGGAAUCAGAUACAAGCACAAUUGCGCAACCCAAACAACCCAGUUGUCUUUUUCGAUGUGUCUGUGGGUACGACAGAGAUUGGACGUAUAAUCUUUGAGUUAUUCGAAGAUGUUUGUCCGAAAACUUCAGAGAAUUUUCGGCAAUUCUGCACUGGAGAGUACCGAAGAGAUGGUGUACCAUUGGGAUUCAAAGGAGCGAUCUUCCAUCGCGUAAUCAAAGAUUUCAUGAUCCAAGGAGGUGACUUUGUUAACGGAGACGGGACUGGAGUCCUUAGUAUUUAUGGAGGUAGUACGUUUCCUGACGAAAACUUUACUCUAAAGCACGACUCCCCUGGACUUCUUUCAAUGGCUAACAGUGGAAAGGACACAAAUGGUUGCCAAUUCUUCAUAACAUGUGCCAAAUGUAAUUUCCUCGAUGGCAAGCACGUAGUGUUUGGCAGAGUGAUCGAUGGACUUUUAGUUAUGAGAAAAGUGGAGAACGUUCCAACGGGGCCAAACAAUAAACCGAAGAUACCUGUGACUAUAUCUCAAUGCGGGCAAAUGUAGCGUCAUGCUUCUGUAAGAAGCUUUACCUGCUAAGAACUACCUUAUUUUAAUUUAAAUAUGUAACAUUCUUUGUACAUCUCAUGGAAAGAAUUUUUAUUCUUGCACAUUUCUGAAUCUUAUCCGAUACCUUCCUUCCAAUAUUAUGCCGUUAUUACUUUGAGUUAUGCCGUAAUUUUCUAUUAGCCUUAAUUACUUAAGGAAGUUAAGAGGCUGCACCGUUGCACUUCGA